CAACAAUGGCUGCAAACUGAGCGAAUUCUUCCUUCUCGCGGUUUGCGAUUUGUGUGUGAAAAAUAUUAAAAUAUACAGUGAAAAACGGUAUCAAUUCGGUCUAGCUGAGAUUUAAGCCGUUCUUUCGGAAGCACUUUUGUGGAAUACAGUGAAUGCUACGGAAUCCAAUCGGGCCGGAGUGAGGAAAUCGGACUUUAAAAUCUUACGGUUUCCGUAGUACCCCGAUUUCCACGAAGAAUCUGAUUCGCAAACGAAUAUCUUUUUCCUCUUCCUGAUUGUGUAAGUUUUCUUUGGUGUGUGUGUGUGUGUGUAUGUGAAAGCGCAGUGUUUUGACUUUUGAUAUACGAGGAUAAUCUGCUUCAUCGGGGAAAGGUGUCAGACCAAAAUUGUGCAAAAGUUUGAUUCGACAUUAUUAUCGGAAAGUAGUGUUACCUCGUUUCCAGGACAGCGCUCGCUUCCAGUCGAUACCUUAUCACGCUGAAAAUUUCCGACCCACAGUAGUAUCCUAGCGCAGUACUUCUGCCGUCGUCCUGUAUAUUCGCCUUCCAGGAGAGGACCGACCAGUUGUGUGCUAAAUAGGGAGAGCGAGAAAAAGAGAGGAACAUACCAAGCAAGUGUACACCGUGGUAUCUGACGGCGAAAGAGAAGAAAGAGCCAGGCUCCAAUCGUGACACAGCACAGCCUGCCAGCGUGAGUGGUGUGAAAAUUUGUUGUGUAAGUCCCGAAGUGAAAAGCGGAAGGAAGAUCUUGCUGCCACAGCAGACCUAUCUUCUAUUAUCUGCGCUGUGUUUCGGAAAACUACAGCUAAUACAGCUCCAACAAGUCGGACAGGCAGCUUCCCAUUUACCAAACGGUGCAGCCGCACUCACUGGUGUCUGGUGUUUUGAUAGCAUUCGAAGCAAGAUCACGACACGACUCACGGCAACGAUGCACUAGGUCAAUCGGUGGUGGGUAGGAAAAAUAGCAGCUAUUUUUAAGUCAUCGGACACAUCGCGGUUGCGUUCACAAGUUGCAGCGGAAAAGAAAAGUCAUUCGACAUUUAAAGUUAGUUUGUGUGUGGUCUGUUUCCUCCCAAAUAAAAUGAGGAAAAUCGGGGAUUGUGCUAAUGUGUGAGAGAAUAGUUUCCAAACAGUUGCUUCGACGUAUCCCUUUCCACUGUAAAACCGGAGGGCUAAUAUCUGUAAGUUUGAGCACAGAAACUAGGCUAAAUCCGAACAGGGAAAAUAAUCUCCCCUUGAAGUCAAGUGGCAUCAUUGCAGUGGUUGACACAAGUGUCAAAGCAAAAAAAAAAUCAAUGAUUCAGAAUCAUUUCGAAAGCAUCCGGUACUGGAACGUGGCUUGCUAGAAUCUCUCGAAGAAUCCUCCACUACGAAUGUAACGAAUCUAUUGCUUACUGGAGAGUGUGUCUGUGUGUUGGUAUCGAAAUUUGAUCAUUUCGGAAGUGUUGUUAAAGUUUAGCUUGAAGCGUAAUAUAAAGCGUUACAAAAGGAAAACAUCGCGUUUUCCAAAUAAAAGUGUAUUGUUAUAUAAGAGUGUGUUUUCGUGAAUUGCUCUGUUCCAGUGGGAAGAGAAUCUGCGUCAAAGACGCAGUAUAACAGAAGCCUGUUCAAGUGAAUCUUCUAACGGUGUACGCACCCGUCUAGCUGUUGCGGCAAACGGAAGCGGUUAAAUUUUUGCUGAGUGACCCAGGAAACUAGAAAAGGCCGUCAAACUGGAGCGACUUCCAGAAUAUCUGCGUGAUACCGUGGACUGGUUUAUGGGCGCGAUACAGAUAUUGUGAAAGUAUUCGCUUAGCGGUCUGGUGGAAGCAAUCAACACAUCAUACCCGCUGUCCCGGGCCCCACGGGGUAAACACCGCCUGCAUCUCGGCAGAUUAUGAACAGUUUUUCCGGUAAUCGAUUUCGCAGAAUGUGGACCACGGCAGUGCUGAACGCCAUCACCAAUCGAGCCAAUUCGGCUUCGAAAAACCUUUCCGUUCGCUAUUCCUCGAUUCCGAACAAUGACAGCGGUCCCUCGUCGGCCUCGGCCAGCAAUCUCAGCAAGAUUAUGGGUGGUUCCGGUAUUAUUCUACCGCUGGACGUCGAGGAAACGGUUACGUGCUUCUGCAGAAAAGCCCGACGCAAGGAACGAGACGGCGACUCGAGUCAGAGUGACACAAAGCUAUACCUGGAGGAGGGAGUGUUGGAACGCAAAUUACCCGAUGCCGAUCUGAGGUUACUGGUGGACCUGCCCGCUGGUUUAGACUAUAAUGAAUGGCUUGCCUCGCAUACUCUGGCGCUUUUCGAGCACGUGAACCUAGUGUACGGAACAAUUAGCGAAUUCUGCACCACAUCCGGCUGUCCAGACAUGACUGGACCAGGAACUAGAAUGUAUCUAUGGUUCGACGAGAAGGGCAAGAAGACGCGCGUCGCGGCUCCCCAGUACAUCGACUAUGUGAUGACGUUCACGCAGAAAACCGUCAGCGACGAGUCGAUAUUUCCCACCAAAUAUGCCAAUGAGUUUCCUAGUUCGUUCGAGAGUAUUGCUAGAAAAAUUUUACGUUUACUGUUCCAUGUGAUCGCGCACCUGUACGCUGCGCACUUCCGCGAGGUGGCGCUGCUCGGGCUGCACGCGCAUUUAAACCUCACCUUCGCCCAUCUGACAGCGUUGCAUAGGCGUUUCAAUCUAAUAGAACCCAAAGAAACCGAAGUUUUGCGUGAUCUAGAAAUCGCUUUACGCUUAACCGACGAUCCAGUACCUGCGUCCGCCGGUGGCAGUACCACCCAGCAGUCCAGUGCGGGAUCGGAUAGUGCAUCCGUAUCGGCGACGUCCACUUCGACGGCCUCAACCGGUGGCAGUACGGCAGGGACAGUGACGGGAGGUGGACUAGCAGCACCGGUGACGACGGGGGGUUCCUGUGUGGAGAACAAUAAUAGCAGCAGUAGUGAUAGUGGCGUUGCAAUGAUGCACUCGCUGAUAGAUGGCGAUGCGACGGCGCAGCCAAUCUGUAAACAACCGUUAGAAUCGGGCAAUGUAAAUAAUAGUCAUAAUGCUACUAGUAGUAGAGAACAAAUGAUGCAGACGUGCGGUCCGGGCCUGGGUGGUGGUGGCGGCGGCAGUGGCAGCAGCACCGGAAGUGUCGGUGUAAUCGGUUGCGGCGUAGGCUAUAGCACCGGUCUCACCAGCAGCGGUGGCAGCAACAGCACCCAGCAAACCUCCAAUCCCCAGACAACGGCAUAGUGGAUACGUUGGACGGCUAGUAUGGGUGCCGGAGCCGGUACCAUUUUCCUGCUGGGCGGGGCUGCGUGUUGUGGAGCCUUGCAGCUUCAAACCAAUCUCUGACCAAAAUGUGAUUUAUCCCCUAAAAAAACAAAAGGAGAAGGAAAAAAAAAAACAAACAAAAAAUAAUGCAAACAGCAACCAGCGGAAUGCUUAAUUAUUAGAGUAACCUCUAGUAGCGAAAAAGAAGCAAAGCAAAGGAAAACAGAAAAUCCCAAUAUCCAAAAAAUAGGCAAGUUUCUAAAAGCAACACCAAAACUCACAGAGUACACUCACUGAAGUUGACUGGCAGCAGAGAGCAAACAAUAGGCACUACCAAAACAGACAAGAAAAACAAAACGUUAACUCCUCUGGAUUACUUGGCUAAGUUGAUAUAAUUUAUGUUGUGUUUAGAUAAGUUGAGAUCGUAGGUAGGUACGGACAGGCACUUUUUUCCUUGAUAAACGAAUGCGAGCAGUUGCUGCUUUUGUUGUUGUUGUUGGUUGAUUGGUUGGUUGGUAGAAUAAAAUUCAACCGAGCAUACCGGAGAAACAGAAACAAAGGCUCACCCCCUACCAAAACGAAUUUGUUUUUGCAUCUCGCAGCAACAAAUCGUUAUUUACUAUUUUUGCAGCCUGCAAGUAGCCUAGCGCGGGCUAUCGAUACGUAAGUGCCGCAAAGCAAUACGUACUACAACACGUAAAAGAAACUAGUGUUUCGGCUUGUGCGAGCGAAAUUGUCAGUACGGGCAACCACUGAAGCAACAGUGUGCAGCACACAAAUACAAACAACCACACGCAGUAGAAUGUUUUCUUUUCUGUUGAUAGAAUUGUGAUUGUGAUUCAGUAGCUAUGGUUUACUAUUAUUGCUAUUAUUAUUUUUUAAAAUGAAAACUAUUGUUGUUUUUAUCAGUUUGGCGCGGAUUUCGGAUUUCUUCUUAAGGAUUAUUUUCGUGAGUCUGACUGGAAUGUGCCGCAGUGUAUACGUAGUUUGAACUGUGAUUAUCCUGAAAUUACCUUUCUAUUGCGGCAUAUCAAGUUGUGAAUUAUUGAAGGAUCGUUGGAUUUUUUUGGCGUAGCCUGGAUCGUAAUAGAUCGUAUGUUAAAAAAUAGUAUAGCUGAUCUUUUUAUAUAAACAACAUCAAGCACGUAAGCUCCGAGUACCGACAGUUUUUCAACGUAAAUGGUCGUUGGUUUUACUGUUGCCAACAAGGAAGAUAGGUGAUCGCAGAAGUGUUGUGACAGUUGCUGUUCAAAUAAAAAAUCCAGGCAAAGUUCUAUUUUAAGUUUGAUACAGACCAUCGUUUUUUUUUUAAAAGGAAUCCGCUCGCUCGAAUGUUUCUUUUGAUUAGUUUUAGACAAGUCUAAUGUGUGGAAGAAAGAGCUAAGAACUCGAACACGACAAGUCAGGUCGAGACAAAAACAACAAACUCCUGCGACAAAAAGUGAUAUUCUCGAUUUAAUGAUGCCUUCGCAUAGUGGUGUACAUUUACAAAUUCCUAUUAUCUGUCCUAUUUGUUGCACAUAUGUUCUCUAGUGAUUAGAACGCUAUUUGUUUCACCCUUCACUUUGUUGUUAAUUUAAUUCUAUUCUUUUUCUCCCACCCACCUUCUGUUAAACUGUUUUAGAACUGCUUGUUCACAACGAAAAAUUAGAUGCUUUUGUUUUGCUUUAUAACUAGUUUCGUCGAUCAACGGGAAAAAAAACCAAGAAAUGGCGACAAUUUCGGUAAACAUGCAAUGUCAGUCCAUCAAUACCAGUCAAUAGAGAAACAGAGAGAAAUAAGAUAAACUCUAAAGCGAAACAUACACAAACAAACAAACUCACAUACACACACACACACUUAGUAGCAGGCACUGUUUGCUAAACCAGAACAAACGAGUAAAACCUUUAGAAACCUUAAUAAAAAGAAUAGUGAACUUAAUGAAUAAAAAACUAAUAUAAAGAAAUGAUGAAACUGUUGCUGCAAUUGAUACAUUAAAAGAAAAAUAGACAAGUAGAAGAAAGAGAGAGAUAAAAUAUGAGGUCUAUAUAUUUAAUACAAAAAAGAAAAAUAAAAAUAAAGGAAAAAAAUAUAUUAACAUAUAUUGUUGUUGUUGGCUAUGCCAUUACAUUGAAAGAAACUAGAUUUUCGAGCAGUAAGCAAAUCGAAACAACAAAAGAAGAAGAAAAAAAAACAGAAACUUUAAUGAGCAUACUAAUUAGAGCAUAGAUAAGA